CUGGGGGGCCGCUCUGGGGUUCCUCUGGCCAAGAGCAAGGAAGUCGCCCGCUUCGCGUCCCGCGAAGCGCCCGCGGAGCCGCGCGGGUGCCGUCUCUGUCUCCGCCGCGGCCACUCACGCGCCGAGGGACCGCGGGAAGGAGAAGGGGCGGGCCGGGGCGGGGACUCGCGCAGACCUGGGGCGGCUCUUAGGGCCGGGCCUGCGCUGGAGUUGCGGACACUCGUUGUCGCUGUCGCCGCCGCUGCCUCUGCUGGCCGUCACCAUGAACCCGGACCUGCGCAGGGAGCGGGCCGCCGCCAGCUUCAACCCGGAGCUGCUCACGCACAUCCUGGACGGCAGCGCCGAGAACACCCGGCGCCGCCGAGAGAUCGAGAACCUGAUUCUGCAAGACCCAGACUUCCAGCAUGAGGACUUGAACUUUCUCACUCGCAGCCAGCGUUACGAGGUGGCUGUUAGGAAGAGUGCCAACAUGGUGAAGAAGAUGAGGGAGUUUGGCAUCGCAGACCCUGAUGAAAUCAUGUGGUUUAAAAAUUUUGUGCACCGAGGGCGGCCUGAGCCUCUGGAUCUUCACUUGGGCAUGUUCUUGCCCACCUUGCUUCACCAGGCAACUGAGGAACAGCAGGAGCGCUUCUUCAUGCCCGCCUGGAACUUGGAGAUCAUUGGCACUUAUGCCCAGACAGAGAUGGGUCAUGGAACUCAUCUUCGAGGCUUGGAAACCACAGCCACUUAUGACCCUGAAACCCAGGAGUUCAUUCUGAACAGUCCUACUGUGACCUCUAUCAAGUGGUGGCCUGGUGGACUUGGAAAGACUUCAAAUCACGCGAUUGUUCUUGCCCAACUCAUCACUAGGGGGAAAUGCUAUGGAUUACAUGCCUUCAUUGUACCUAUUCGUGAAAUUGGGACCCAUAAGCCUUUGCCAGGCAUUACCGUAGGAGACAUUGGCCCCAAAUUUGGCUAUGAUGAGAUGGAUAAUGGCUACCUGAAGAUGGACAGUUAUCGUAUUCCCAGAGAAAACAUGCUAAUGAAGUACGCCCAGGUGAAGCCUGAUGGCACAUACGUGAAGCCUGUGAGUAACAAGCUGACCUAUGGGACCAUGGUGUUUGUCAGGUCCUUCCUCGUGGGAGAAGCCGCUCGGUCUCUGUCUAAGGCUUGCACCAUUGCCAUCCGAUACAGCGCUGUGAGGCACCAGUCUGAAAUCAAGCCAGGUGAAUCAGAACCACAGAUUUUGGAUUUUCAAACCCAGCAGUAUAAACUCUUUCCACUCUUGGCCACUGCCUAUGCCUUCCAGUUUGUAGGCGCGUAUAUAAAGGAGACCUACCUUCGGAUUAAUGAAGGCAUUGGCCAAGGGGACCUGAGUGAACUGCCUGAGCUUCACGCCCUCACCGCGGGGCUGAAGGCUUUCACCACCUGGACAAGUAGCGCUGCUAUUGAAGCGUGUCGCAUGGCGUGUGGCGGGCAUGGCUAUUCUCAUUGCAGUGGUCUUCCAAAUAUUUACGUCACUUUUACACCAGCCUGCACCUUUGAGGGAGAAAACACUGUCAUGAUGCUGCAGACGGCUAGGUUCCUGCUGAAAAGUUACGACCAGGUGCACUCAGGAAAGUUGGUCUGUGGCAUGGUGUCCUACUUGAAUGACCUGCCCAGUCAGCGCAUCCAGCCACAACAGGUAGCAGUCUGGCCGACUGUGGUGGAUAUCAACAGCCCGGACAGCCUAACAGAAGCGUAUAAACUUCGUGCGGCCAGAUUAGUAGCAAUUGCUGCGAAAAACCUUCAAACUGAAGUGGUUCACAGAAAAAGCAAGGAGGUAGCAUGGAACCUAACUUCCGUUGACCUUGUUCGAGCAAGUGAGGCACAUUGCCACUAUGUGGUAGUUAAGCUCUUUACAGAAAAACUCCUCAAGAUUCAAGAUAAAUCUGUCCAAGCUGUCUUAAGGAAUUUAUGUCUCUUGUAUUCUCUGUAUGGAAUCAGUCAGAAUGCAGGGGAUUUUCUUCAGGGGAGCAUCAUGACCGAGUCUCAGAUUACCCAAGUGAACCAGCGUAUAAAGGAGUUACUGACUGCCAUUCGCCCUGAGGCUGUUGCUUUGGUUGAUGCUUUUGAUUUUCAGGACGUGACACUCGGCUCUGUGCUUGGCCGCUAUGAUGGGAAUGUGUACGAAAACUUGUUUGAGUGGGCCAAGAAAUCCCCACUGAACAAAACAGAGGUCCAUGAAUCUUACUACAAGCACCUGAAGCCACUGCAGUCCAAGCUCUGAAGUGUCAUGACGAGUGUAAUCUGUUCCAGAAAGCAGCUCUGCUCUUCUACUCCCCUUGCUCCUGUCGCUCAAAUCUGUGCGGCAUCUUUAUCGAAUUCAGAGAGCUAUAGAGCAAAUGAUAAAUUGACCCCUUGCCUCUUUUUAUAAAUGAAGGAAAAAAAGAACAGAUUUCAGAGAUUAAAUGAAAAAAAAGGUGUGUUUUAAGUGCAAUUAACACUGAAAGAGACCUGUUAAGCAUUCAGAAAAAGCUUUAAGAAAUGUCAUAUGACUUCCAUUUAUAAUGCUGCUGAUCCCAGUAGGCCAUGCCUUUUGAUAAUUAGUAGAAUUUAACUACUAAGUAGUUAAUUAUUUUCACAUCUCAGUUCUUAAUCACUGGAUAUAUAAGUGUUUUUAAGCAAAGAUAUUUUUUAAGUGAGGUAUAACCCUUCCAGGCUUUCCUGCUAAAUGUCCUACCACUCCCACCGUGGGGCCUGCUAAAAAGCAGGACUGAAGAAAAGGGAUUGGGGGCAGGAAACUGAUUGUGAGUUUGUGCUUGACACACUGACACAUUCUCUGCCCGCUUGCCCUCCUUUGCCAAUGUAUUGCCGUGUAUCAUUCCUAUCUAACUAUUCCUGGUGCAUUUUCCCAGCACAAGGAUUUCUUCAACACAGGCCUACUGCAGGAUCAUUGUCUCGUGUAAUUGGGAAUUCAUCUCCCGUUCGAGGAAUCCCUAAAUUGUCUAUAGUAGCUCUACAACUGCCUUUGUCGCUAACGUCUUGGGAAGGGGUAGGUGGCAAACUUAUCUCUACAUGUAACUUUUGGCAGCUGAUCGGACCUCAGUCAGUGGUGUUUGCUCUCCUUUCUUCUGAAGAAAGGAGCAAAAAGAGUCACAGUUCUUUCUUAGUAGAGUAAGUGUAGGGAGAGCUCUCGGUUACGGUUAUUGUAACUUGGGUGACCAUAUUAACUGGAUUUUCUGAAACAACUCAGAUUUCAUAUAUUCUGUCAUUUUGGCGUAAGCCAUUAAAAUGCUUGGAGGGUACAGUAUCGGGCGUUAAAAAAAUAAAAGCAUCACUCAGGUUACCUCUUACACCCAGGAGUAGCACAGAGAUAUCCUUUGACAAACCAUGUUCUGAUUUUUGGAUGAGAAAAUAUAAUCAUUGAAACUAUGGCUAAAAGAUAAAUGGAAGUUCUAAAGAAUUGUGUAUCUGGGUUUGUUUUCAGUAUGUUUCUAGGAGCUUUAUCUGAAUUGCUAAGUUGUCCUUUCAGCUGAAAUCUAAUUUAUACAAUCAUUCUAUAUUUAAAGGUUAACAUGAGUUUUUUUCUUGAAAUCAAUGUAAAACAUGUCACUUGAUUUUUUUUUUUUUAACCUGUUAACUAUUUGUGUCUGUGAUAUCUGCCUCAUGAAACCAGUUGUUCUAGACCCAGUUGUUGAGAAGGUAGUAUAAUUCAGUGAAAAUGUAAUUCCUAUCUUGAGACCUGCCGUAAACUCUAUCCCAGUGGAACCAGUAAUAUGAGACUUUUAGGUCCAGCAGAAAUACUGUCUGUUGACACAAGCCUUAAUCUUUCUACCAGGAGAACUAAGUAAUAGUUGUGUUAAGACUGAAGUGAAAAGCACUCUUUGUUAAUCUCAUUUGGGUAUAUCUUGACAGUAGUUUGGAUUCUGGGAAAUAACAAAAAGUAAAUUUAAAUUUCUUAAUAUUGACCUAUUAAAUGUAGAUUUGUUUCAGAAUUAGUGGUUAAAUACCUUAUCCACAGAUGCCUAUCUGUGGGUCAGGAUCUAAGGGUGUUUGAAAUGACACCGUCCCACCUAAUCCAGCUGCAUAGAUCUGAGAUCUGUCUUUAGCAGAUGUGAACUGGAUGUAGACAUUACAUCAGUCUAGCACCUUGAGUUUUAUUUAAAAACUAAAUCUGAUAUUUGAUACUAUUUUUAUUAACAUUGGAAUAUUUUGUCAUGAACUUUAUUCACUGUAAUUAAAGAAUAAAGAUAUAGUAAAACCUCACUAAUUUGUGCUAUCAAGAGGGAAAGAGUGUACCACACAAUUAAACGUGUUUCUUAUGAAAUUCUUAGGAAGAAUUUUAAGAUACAGGUUUAUUAGGUUUAGGUAACACUAAAAACAAAAGAUGAAGGCAUGAGAGCUGCCUGAGCAGAUGGCUCUUACAUUAGCCGUAAUCACUGUGGUAGCAGUGUCUGUGCUGGUCGAUCUAGGAAUACAUGUUUGUUUUGUUGGCUACUUGGUAAAGGAAGCAGCAGGUCCAGUUUGCUGUCCCUAAGAAGCCAGACUUUGCCACAGAUAAGUUUGGUUCUAUUGGGUACUUUUGUAAGCUGUUUUCACAAAAAAUACAAAGAUAAAUUUCAAUUUUGUAUUUUGGAUAAAUUUUGGAGAAAACACAGUCUUCUCCAAAAUGAUGAUAAAUACUGAGUAGAAUAAGAUUUUUCUAUUAGAUGAUAAUGAUAUAAGCCUUUUAAGAAAGUACUCUGAACAGUACCCAAAAUUGAAAAUUUGAGGUUUAAUAGAGAUGUUUUUGCUAUUUGUAAUGGAUGAAGGUUGAUUCUUCCUGAAGUGUUGGGAGCUCUGCUUUGUGCUCUUCUAGAGAUACACUGAGGUGUAUUUCAGUAUUUGGACAUUAGUGACCUGAAAACACAGUUGGUCCCAAAGCCUUUGGGGCCCUUCAUGUUCUUGUCUUCAGAAUGUAGCACUGCUAAGUAUCAGCUUAUCUUCAGAACAUUUGCUUAAUUGCAACAUUACCUACAUUCUCAUGCUUUCUAAGAACUCACUGCUUGUAACUUCAGAUUACAUAUACCUGGAGGCAUUUUAUAGUUCCUAAAGUUAACAUGUUAGAUCUUAAUUCUUGGUUUUCUUCAGUGCAGGGCUUUGGCUAGAGAAAUAUAACUUCAAAUUCAUGAUUCUAGAGUUCCCUGGGAAACGAAAAUUCUUUAGACUGCUGCUGCUCCAAGUCCCUCCUCCCCCUAUCUGUGUUCUUUCCAUCUGUUUUAUUAGGAAGGAAGAGAAUUAGAUGCAGAUGGUCUGUAACACCUGCUAAUCUUUAUAUAUGCGGAAGGUAUGCCUCGGGUUAUAGGUUAUCUUCAAGAGUAGCUGCUGCUGUAGCUGGAGAGAGGAGCCGUGCCAGGAAAUUGAUUGUUCUGCUUGAGACCAAGAGUCUUGGUAAUUCUGACUCAGAUAAGGCUUUGAUCAUUUUCAUGGAGUAAUGUAGAGAUCAUUUCAGCUAAUUGAAUAUUUACUACUCCAUGCUUGGAGGAUUAGACCAAGUCACACUGUAAAUGACUAAAAUGACUUUUCAUUUUGAAAUAGUGGUGGUGGAGUUUUGCUUUUAGCUAUCCACACUUACAAAUUUUUCAGUACCUCUUCCUGUGGUCCAUGAUACUAAACAUAGAAAACAUAGAAGGAACCUUUGGAGUUAGCAGAUGAUAGCUGUUGCAGACCUGCAAAUUCCUGGAUUCCAAGGGGUUUUUAUGUUUGACUUUGACUUUUGCCUUAAAUUUGUGUGCCAUUGAUUAUCUCGGGAAGAUCAUGGGAAAUUGGGAGUGAUUUUACAUAUUAUGAACUAAAGUAAAUUGUUUUGUCACAAUACUGUUGACUUUCCUAGGUUAGGUAUCAAAUGUGUGAUCUUCAACAUAAUCAGACUGCUGACUGCUACUUUGUAAACACCAUUUUAUUUCCAAUUGUUGUGGAUUCAAGGACGGGACUUAAACAUCCUUUGUAAUAUAUAAUCACUCUGCUACCUUUUUUCCUUUUACUGUUGUGGUUUGAGUUUGGUUCCUACCUGACAAGAUGAAUUUCCAUGUAUUGUUACCCAUCCCCGGCCGGACGGGUCGAGGGGGUUGGGAGUACUGAGGAGGUGCGCUGGUCCAGAGCGUGUGAGUCACGGUUGGACGGCAGUGACCCGCCAGCACUGAUUGGCCUGCGAGUAAGGCAAACCACUAACUCCCUUUUCCUUUGUAAAACUGGAAAACCCUUAAUAAAAUCUGUAAUUAACACAAAAAA